AUGAACACCGGCGUCCUUAGAUGUCACGUGCCCAACUACGUCAGAGAGUACGUCAUCGUCACCUCGUGGGUCCGCAGCGAUGGCUUCAUUAUUUCGGUGCAAGCCAUACCAGACGAGAACUCCAAGUACGUGGCCUUCUCGACGGGAGAGCUGCACGUUCGACGAGCGGGACCAGAAGACAGUCACCACUCGUUCCAGUGUCAGACCAAGGAUACACUGACGGGAGCGGUGACCAGCAGCAUCACGGCAGGAAAGCUCGUCAUAACAGAGCCCCACUCCAGCAUUCCGGCCAAGGUGAUCCACUGGAGCCGGCAGGUGGACGGGCCGCAGGGAUCGGCGGUGUUCAUUCCGUGCGAAGCCCAGGGCCACCCCCAGCCCAUGUAUCGCUGGUACAGGCAGUACGGGGGGCGGCUCAUGCCACAGCUGCCUAUGAACGAGCCUCGACUGGUGCUGGUCGGAGGCACGCUGGUCCUCCGGAGGGCCACGGUCCAGGACAGCGGCACCUACGUCUGCGUCGUCAGUAACGGCGCCGGCGCUGAGGAGAAGAACGAGAUUCAGCUGCUCGUCACGGAGCCCCUGGAAGUGGAGAUGCGACCCCGAGUGCAGGAGGUCCGCUCCGGCGAGACAGUGACUCUGAACUGCAGCGUGAGCGGUUUUCCCGUGCGAAGCGUCACCUGGACCAAGGAUAGCCGGCCCGUGAGCGCGGGGCCCGCGCUCCGACGUCUCGUGCUACUCAACCGGUACGCGCUGAGGAUUCAGGCGGCACAGAGUCAGGACUCCGGCCUGUACCAGUGCUUCGCCGGCAACGAGAGGGACUCGGCUCAAGGGCACGCCUACGUGCGAGUCAAGUCGGAGCCCCCGGUUUUGGUGUCACACUUCGAGGAGUCCGUGGUACGCCGAGAAGAGCCGGUGUCCCUUCGUUGUGCCGCCACUGGAACUCCCCUGCCUCAGAUCACGUGGUCCGUUUAUGACGUCCAGGUGCACGACUCUGGCCAGGUUCGCGUCGGUGACUACGUCAGCCGGGACGGCUCGGUCAUCAGCUUCGUCAACUUCACCAAAGUCCGUUUGGAAGACGGUGGUACGUACCGCUGCGAAGCUGCCAACGAGCACGGCCAGGACUCUUACUCGGCGCGGUUGAACGUUGCCGGCCCACCCACGGUGCAGCCUAUGGCAAACCGCACCGUGGUUGCCGGCCGGAAACUCUUGCUGCACUGUCCUUACUCGGGAUACCCCAUCAGCAAGGUCAUCUGGCGAAAAGACGGCAAAAGCCUGCCUAGUAGUAAGCGGGUGAUGCCAUAUCAGAACGGGACCUUGGCGCUGGAAACAGUCAGCCGCAAUGACGACGAAGGCAGGUAUUCAUGCAUCGUCCGGAACGACCAGGAUGCGGAGGCGACCAACCAACUGAAUCUCCGGGUCUUGGUUCCUCCGUCCAUCACGCCGUUCUCAUUCCCGGAAAAGCCUCAGCUGGGGUCCCGCGCCAGCGUGACGUGCAGCGUCCCUGAGGGGGAUGCGCCAAUCCGGCUCUCCUGGCUGCGGGACGGCGUGCCCAUCAGCUCCUCUUCUUCGCCGGGCGUCACCCUGGGUCAUGUGGAUGACUUCAUCUCCACGCUGGUCUUUAAGUCUCUCCGCGAGGAGCACACCGCUGUGUACACCUGCCUGGCAUCCAACGAGGCCGCUCUCGUCAACUACUCGGCACCUUUGGUGGUUUACGCACCUCCGAGAUGGCGCCUCGAGCCUGCGGACGCUACGGUCACCACAGGGGAGCGAGUGGUUCUCGACUGCCAGGCUGACGGCACCCCGGAACCCAGGGUUCGUUGGAAGAAGUCGGCAGGGGUGCAAAGCACAGAGUUCCGCACAGUCAUCAGCAGUUCAAGAAUGCAAGCACUGGUGAAUGGCUCGCUUGUGAUACAAGAAAUUGAAACCUCAGACGCCGGAGGUUACAUGUGCGAGGCUUCCAACGGCGUUGGACUUCCCUUAUACACUGUAGUGCAAGUGAGUGUGCAUGCACCUGCGAAGGUACGUCAGCGUUUUUUGUCCCACAUGACUGGCAAAGGACAGACUGUGAACUUGCGGUGCGAUGCAAGUGGUGACGAACCCAUCCACUUCUUCUGGUCAAAAGACAGCAGACCGAUCAAGACCUUCUCAAACCCAAGGUACACGAUUAAAGACAGUGCCCGACCGGGAUCACCAUCAUCAGAUUUUACUAUUCUCCUUGCUGAGAAAAACGAUACCGGUGCAAUCAAGUGCGAAGUGUCCAAUGCUUAUGGUCACGACGAACAAAUCACUCACCUGUCUAUUCAAGAUAGGCCCGAUGAACCGCCGAGGCCGGAAGUGCUCAACGUGGUCAGUCGAUCGGUAACGGUACUCUGGAAAAGCCCCAGCGACGGAAACUCUCCCAUAAUCAAGUACAUUGUCCAGUACAAGCGUAGUGUGGACUCUUGGGAGAAGCAGCUAAGUGAAAUGGUAGCAGAAGCCGACCAGAGCCAAGUCACUGUCCAAGACCUUCAUCCACUCACGGAGUACAACUUCAGAAUACUCGCCGAGAACGCCAUCGGCAUUGGACCUCCCAGCGAAGUGCUCACUGUCAUCACCGACGGAGAAGUCCCAGCAACACCACCCCAAAGUGUCAAGGUGUCUGCCGUCGGCUCCAAAAAAGUGGAGGUGGCCUGGAAGCCUCCACCACUGCACCUCCAGUACGGCGAUAUUCAGGGCUACUACGUCGGCUACCGCGUGCACGGCACAACGGAGCCCUACGUGUUCAAGACAGUCACGAGAGCUUCGGGACCGACCACCCAGUGUAUCAUUGACAACCUGCAGCGGGCGACGGCGUACGCUGUUGUUGUUCAAGCCUACAACGAGAAGGGAGCAGGGCCCCUGUCCGAUGAGAUAAUGGUCCAGACUCAUGAGCAUGUGCCCCAGCCGCCAUCACACAGGACUGGUAUUGUGCCGAACGUCACUGGACUGAGCCUUGCACUGGGCGCCUGGAGGGACGGAGGCUGCCCCAUCAGCCACUUCUUCAUCCAGUACAAGUCACGCGACGACUCCGAGUGGACAUUACUGUCGUCCAGGGUGCUCCCCGAUCGCGAUAGCGUUGCCAUUGGUGACCUCAUGCCGGGCACGUGGUACAAUAUUGUUGUAAUGGCCUUCAACAGCGCCGGUUCUACCAAGGCAGAGUACACAACUGCUACGCUCACCCUGUCUGGAAACCCGUUGUUGGAACCGGACAAGAUGGCAGAGACGGGGAGGGAAAGCAUCCCGCGCUACCGAAGUCUCUCCAUCAUUGUGCCCAUCUGCUGCUCCAUCGUGGUGCUCAUGGCGGUCACCGUAGCCAUUAUGGUGCUUCUGUGCCGCAAGCGGACGUCUGGGACUCCUCCCUCUGCCAUGGACACGUAUGGAGGUGUACGGAUGUGCGAAGACCUCAAAAUGGAUUCCCUCAUCAUGUCCGAACUGGAAAAACCCGGAUCCGGGGACGUGGGCGGCCGGGAGUACUACCCGUCCCCCUACGCUUCCUCCAAACUCCCCAACAUAUCGAGGCGGGAGAGCGGAGACGAUGGCGGCGGACCCCGAUCGGACGAGCACGGCCGCGUCAUGUCCGCGGGUGUCUCCAUGUCUCCCUACGCCUCGUCCAGAAUGGUGGAGCACACCUACGACGUUCCGCAACACCCGCGAGAGGGCACGAAAUCGCAGUUAUUCAAGAGCAAUUUAGACCACACGUUAUGCAAUGACAAAUUGCAAAGUCAUAUAGACAAACAGGAGCAAUAUUACCAGCGGCUCUCAGGCAAAGGCAGAACGCCCGGGUAUGGGUACAGCAGCUGCGCUGAGCCAAAGCACCCUUCUGCCUACCGUUGGUCCGAGCCCGGAGAGUCGGACAGGUGGUGCCUACAAGAAAGGGAUAUUCAUACGAGUGCAUUUCACAUGCCUCCGUCUGGAGGGACCAUGCCAGAGUUUAAUGAAAUGUCCGACACAGAAUGUGACCGAGAUCUGGAACGGUUGGAACAGGAAAUCAAGUACCGAUCGUCUCUUCAGAGGCACAAUCUCUACGCUUCUGUCCAAUAA